AUGCAAUUUUACAUCUUGCUAUUGAUUACAAUAGCCAUUUCAGUGAAAGGAAGUCCUGUCUCCACCAGUAUUAGUUUAACGGAAUUAAUUCAUGCCAAUGUGUCCAAUUUAGCCUACCAAAAUUCUAGCCUCAACACUUUUGAUCCAUUGGUUUACGCUAACACCAACGCCAACGCAUCCGACCCUGAACUUGAAGCCUUGAUUAAAAAAAAAAAGAAGUUGAUCCCCAAAUGGCAAUAUAAUGCGGGUAUAUAUCUUGAAAAGAAGGUCAACAAGAAACUUUUAAAAAAGGCUGGAAAAGGUGGAUUUGCACUCAUGUCUAGCAACGGUAAUGAUAGCACUUAUACAAUUAUCGAUAAUAAUGAAGUUGAAGAUGGAAGUGUUUUCCAAAUCCCGAGUUCUUUGGUUGUUGCUAGGGCCAGUCCCAACACCCACUCAUUGUUUGCCGAGAAUGUCACUGAUUACAAAUCUAUUCAUUAUACCAAUACCACUGAUGGUGCCCAAUUCCAAGAAACUUCAAAAGACCUGGCAAAUGGCGUAUAUGAAGACGAUGAAGAAAGCUCUAGCAACUCGUUUUCUUACAAUCCCCAAACAUGCUUUUUGACAGUAUUGUUAGUUGCAUUCUGUUUAUUAUAA